AUGAUCUUGGUGUCGCUAAGUGUGUGGAUGACGGUGUUAGUGCUCAACGUGCAUUUUAGGAUGAUGAUGGAAUUUUCUCUUAGGUCGCCGUCAACGCACACCAUGUCGCCAUGGAUGAAGAAGCUGUUCCUCCAGGUGAUGCCCAAACUCCUCAUGAUGAGGAGGACCAAGUACUCCCUGCCGGACUAUGAUGACACCUUCGUCUCUAAUGGGUACACCAACGAAUUGGAAAUGAGCAGGGACAGUCUUACGGACGCUUUCGGCGACUCCAAGGGUAGCGACAGUGGUGACUACCGCAAGUCGCCGGCGCCUGAGGACGAUAUCCUAUCAGCUUCAGCUCAUCAGAGACCUUCAGUGACGGAGUCAGAAAACAUGUUGCCCCGUCACCUGUCGCCAGAGGUCGCCGCUGCGUUGCAGAGUGUGCGUUUUAUUGCACAACACAUCAAAGAUGCUGAUAAGGAUAAUGAGGUGGUUGAAGACUGGAAAUUCAUGUCCAUGGUUUUGGACCGAUUCUUCCUCUGGUUGUUCACCAUCGCCUGCUUCGUGGGGACCUUCGGUAUCAUCUUCCAGUCUCCCUCGCUCUACGACACGAGGGUACCAGUGGAUCAGCAGAUCUCAUCAAUCCCUAUGAGGAAGAAUAACUUCUUUUACCCGAAAGACAUCGAGACUAUUGGCAUUCCGGUAGUUUAA